GAUGCACCUACAGGGAGCGGAAAUGAAAAGACAAAGAGCGUUUUCACAUAGGUCCAAGACUGGAUGCCGCACCGAUUCCGCCAUGUCAAAUGCGACGAGACCCCGGGCGCAUGUCGCAAUUGCACUUCUACCGGGCGCAAAUGUGAAGGAUACGACCAAUAUCGCCUGCCGAUGCGCUGGUCAUCGACCCCCCGAACGUCAAGGAACCUUGCCAUCAGCCUGCCGGGAAUGACUUCCGAUGAGCGCCGGUGUUUCCGGUUCUUCGGGCAUCAUACCGUUUCGAUGAUGGUGGGGUAUGCAGAGUCGGAAGUAUGGCAGCAGUUGGUGUUGCAGAUGAGCCAAAGCGAACCCGCCAUCUGCCAUGCAGUGGUUGCGCUGAGUGCCAUUCAUCAGGAAUAUGAGGGGAAAGGUAUGACUGUAAAGCCCGACCACCGGGCCCAUCGAUUUGCGCUGGAACAGUAUGGUCGGGCAAUGUCAAGACUUUGCAGUCGCAUACAGUCCAACGAUCCGCAGGUGCGGGAGAUUACGCUGAUGUGCUGCAUCAUCUUCGUGGUUCUGGAGCUUCUCGAAGGCGAGUACAAGAAUGCUUUCGCUCAUCUGCGGCAAGGACUAGGUAUUCUGGACGCUCAUUCGGGCCAUACGUCGGCAACAGAACGCUCGCUUGCACAAGCGUUCCUGCAUCUGAAUGUACUACGAUCCCAUUACGGCCAUUCGGACGUUAGCAUUACUAUCCACCCUCCUCAAGGCAGUGUGGCCGAAGUAGUCUAUGAGAGGGUGAAGAUUCGCAGCCUGUCAGAGGCCAAAGAGCGCAUGCUAGUUCUGAUGAACAAUAUCUUCCAUUUUCAGUCCCGCUGCUACGUCUUGUUCCGGGGCGACCUAGCGACGGAUAUCUUCAGCCUCUCCGCACAGCAGGGCAGAUUGCAGUGCCAACUGGACGAUUAUAGGGCAGACCUCGAGGCAUUUGUCUCGAUCCACAGCACCCGGCACGCCUGGACCCUGAGAGAGAUUCGGAGCGUGGACUUGAUCCAAUUGCAUCUGGAGACCCUAGUCAGCCUCCUGGGAGGCUCCCUGGACACGACGGAAAUGGGCUUCGACCGAUACCUACCCGAGUUCAAACGAAUGAACGAGUUCUGUGAGCGAAUCAUCAGCAGCUUCAGACGGGAAUAUAAGGAGACGAGCCGUCUGCCAAGCAUGAUCAUGGACAUGGGGUUUCUGCCCGCACUGUUCUGGUCGUGCGUGAAAUGUCGGGACCCGGAAACCCGACGGCAUGCGGAACAAUUAUUGCAGGUCUGGCCGCAUCGGGAGGGAAUUUAUGACUCCCACUUGGUCUCGCUGAUCUGCGAAGCGAUCAUCGCCAUUGAAAGCGAAGGCCAGGACGAGGCGGGAUUUAUCCCCCAAUCCGCGCGGGUGCAGACCCAGAUCGUGGAAUUCGCCGAGGACCGGAGUCACAUCGUGAUGAAGUAUACAUUAGCCGGCUCUGGGGCUUGGGGUACGGACGAGCGAGAGCGGGUGAUUCCGUUUGAAGGUAGAGAGGCACCAGCGUGA